AUGUCGCGCCCGCUGAAGCAUAGAGAUAUCGCCUGCACUCGCUGUUUCCGCCUCAAGCGGAAAUGUGACCAUGCAAAGCCAUCCUGUGGCGAAUGUCGCCGCAAAGGCGCGGAGUGCUUGCCGGCCAGAUCGCGGAAGUCGGGAGAUAACAUCACCAUCCCGCUGGAUUACUUGAGACAACUUGAAGAGCGGGUGGCUGAGAUGGAUCGUCGGCCUAGCACUAUCGAAGCUCACGUGAAGAUGUGCGAUGCUGCUGUUCAGACCGAUUUUGGAGACCUUGAAGCGUGCAAUGAUUCGAGUCAGUUCUUGGCUGGCCAAGAUUUGUAUCACAAUAACGAUGCAUCCCUCAUGCUGUUGUCUGGAUUGCAGUCUCCAAAUCAACGAUUUACACGAUCACCUCUGUCUUUCUCGCCGGACACAUUGUCUUUCUUGACCAGUGCAACUUUUGACUUUCCUUGGAUGGACACAACACCAUCAUAUCCAUUGAUCGAAGGAUCAUCCUGGUUGAAAGAGCAAUACACCAACUUAUAUUUCUCUGUCACACACCGCGAAUGGCCCUUCCUGAACGAAACAGCCUGGAAGUCUUGGCACAACGAAGUCAUCAUAGACGGACAAGAUGAAUGGCGACAAUUCUUUUUAAAUAUUGUAUAUGCAAUCGGGGCAUCCCUUUGCAGUACAAUACAGCGAGAUCCUUCACACUCAAUACGUUCGAAAGAGUUCUAUGCCUCGGCAAUGCGAUUUUACCCGCACGUCGUGGGGCAUUCGUCUAUGGUUCUGCAGAUCCAGGCUUCAUUGCUUAUGAUUCUUUACGCUUUGCAUUCACCUUCUUCGGAGGAGAUUACGACUAGUGUUUCUUCCAUCGUACCGUUCUGUACGGCUGCGAUGGCGGAGAUCCGAAAGCAUGCGUCGAUCUGCCGAGAUAAUGGGUCGAUGACUGAGACUGAUGAGGUUUUGUCGGAGAAAAUGUUCAUCACUUGUUACAUGCUGAAUGAAAUUAUUGUGUCUGGGUGGGAUCGACCUGUUUCAGCUGCGUAUAGAGUUGUCGACGAUGAUAUGUGCAUAUUAGGCGACACACUCCAACCACCGCAAGAUGUAAACCCCGCCUUAAGUCAUCUAUUCCGCCUACGCAAAAUCCAAGCAAGCAUCAGAAGAUCGAAAGAGAACUGGCGUCGAAGCCCACUCAUCAAACAUGAUACAAGCCACAACUCUUCAUCCUCUUUCAAAUCGGCGCUUGAUAUCUGGCGGCAGGAAAUCCCACGAUAUGGAUCCAAUAAUGUUCAAUACGGCUAUUUGCACCCUAUAUGGAUGCGAAAGCUGUAUGAUUACAGUCUCUUGAUCCUGAUGGAAGGGAAGCGGAACUUUGUCGAGGACGGAGUGGAAGAGUUCCUCGCCGCGAUUGUGGAUGUCUGUCUCAAUUUCCGUAUAUUACAGGAAGAGGGCCAUGUAAUGUGUUACACCUGGUCUGCGCUUGUCUUCCAGUUUCGCGCGGGAACCAUGCUUUUGUAUAUUGCCUGGGCAACAAAAUCUAUGACUGAUACCCGCAAAGCCAUUGACGCCUGUGCGAUGAAUUUGGCUGGCUUUGUGGACCGUUGGACGGACGCCAUGCCGUAUAUGAGGGUUUAUGAGUUCCUAAGACAGAAGGUUAUGUGGGAUGUUGGUAUAGGCGAAGCUGAAACAGAUAAUAUGGUCUUGUUGGAGGAGGCUGAAUUGCAUUUGGAGCAAUUGAAGAAGGGAUACUUGCAUAGAGCGGUCUUGGGGAUGGUUGAGGAUAUUAUGUUUGGGGGAUCUAUUCAAGUGUUUCCCGAAGAAGUGUAA